AUGUUUCGCAAUCCUCGAGAGAAUAGAUCUGUCCCAAUAGACGAACGGGUACUUCCUCACAUUGGGAGGCCUCCUACUCCUCCCUCUUCGUACCCCUCUAAGCCGAACUCGUAUUUCCUAUCGCCCGCCGGAUACGCAAAAGAAGUCGCAGACGGCGCCUCAAACAAGCGAUCUCGAACGUCCAGAGCUUCUAUGCUUGAUCGCCACCCCACAUCGAAGACCCCUGUGGCAAAGAAGCACGAGGCUGCUCAAGUUCAGAGCAUACUCAACUUUUUUGCAAAGUCAGACAAGAAAACUCUCAACAACAAAGAUACGACGACUCUGCCCCCGCUGUUCUUUAAGGACGUGCAGCCCAGUAUUGAGACGCCUGAGCUGCAUGAAGAAGAGUCCCGAUUCCACGAGGACCGGGGGUUUGUCAAAAGGAGGCGGAUCGACGAUGAUGAGGAUGUCGAGAGCUUUGUCCGUACGCCCUCGCCUGGACUUGGGGGAGGUGCUGGCAAGGCCGGGAAGGAGCCAAGUUCACAAGAUGAGAAUGCAGAGCUAGACAAGCCACCCAAAAAGUACAGAGGUGGAUUCCUGGACGACUCAACCGAUGAGGAGGAUAACGACUGGACUGCGGCCAUCAAUAGCACUGUCAAUGUCGCCGACACCACGGAGAGAUCACAUGACACCGAGAAUCCGGAGACUCUGAGCGGCGCCAUUGAGGGCGAUACAAGAUCAAAUACGACUAGAAAUCCCGCCAAGCAGUCUGACUCAAGCUCCGCCUCUUCGACAAUCAAUGCCGUCGACCAAAGUCGAAAUCCAGAUCGAGAAAUCCCUUCCAUCCCUGGAAGGGAUAUUCCGCCUUUGACACGGGAAGCAACAAGCGUUUUCGAACCUGAGGAUUUCGGUGAUGCCGAUUUUGAGAAUGACGAAUUCUAUGAAGGAGGAGAAGAAUACAUGGAGCGCAGAUGGAUGGAAGAGCAACGAGAAAUGGGGAUGGAAUUUGACGACGAGGACUUGAAGUCGGAGACUGAAGGCAUCAGAAUGCCACGAAGCAUGGCCGAAGAUGAUGAUCAACUCAACGCGGAAAGGACCAGUGGCAUCCUUGUCUGUCCGAUAUGCGCCGGGAGCUUGAAAGGGCUAUCCGAGAACCAGGCGUCAGCGCAUGUCAAUGCCUGUCUCGACGGCAAUGCUGAACCACUACCAAAAGUGUUCGAAAUUGAAAAAGCGACCGAAACUCCCCCGUCCGACGAUGUCAGUGAAGCGGCUUCUCUGUCGAAGCGCUUUCAGCGUGCAGCAAUUGCUCGUCCUGCUCAAUCCAAUCCCUUUUCCGUGUCGAAAGAAGGGAAAGGAAAUUCAGCCUUUGCUAGGCUCAUGUCUGGUCAUGCUGAAGACGCUGCCUGGGCCGAGGCUGCAGCCCAUGAGGUUCAAUCUCGCGGCAAACCCGCAUAUCAACGAACCUGCCCCUUUUACAAGAUCAUGCCUGGCUUUUACAUCUGUGUCGACGCCUUCCGGUAUGGUAAAGUUGAAAAUCAGAACGCCUACUUUCUCAGUCAUUUCCACAGUGAUCACUACAUUGGUCUCACAGCCUCAUGGUGCCACGGUCCGAUCUACGCCAGCAAAGUCACCUGCAAUCUAAUAAUGCAGCAGCUGAAAGUCGAUCCCAAAUGGCUGAUUCCACUCCGAUUCGAGACAAAAACCGAGGUCCCGAAUACAAGGGGGGUCUUCGUUACGAUGAUUCCUGCCAACCACUGCCCUGGGUCGUCACUCUUCCUGUUUGAAAAGGUCACCGGUAAGAACAAAGACGGAUCUCCAAAGCAAACCCGUAUCCUCCAUUGUGGGGACUUUCGUGCAUGUCCUGCCCAUGUCGCUCAUCCUCUUCUACGUCCCGAUGUUGUCGACAGCGUUACAGGCCUGACCAAGCAACAGGUCAUUGACACCUGCUAUCUGGACACGACCUAUCUAACUCCAAAAUACGCGUUUCCGGGUCAACAUGACGUCAUUGAUGCUUGUGCACAGAUGUGUGUCAGUCUUUCAAAGGAGAUUGUGGACCAAAAUGACGACUGGGAGAAAGUCAAGGCCAGCCGUGCUGGUAGUGCGAUGAAGAAAUUCCUCGUACAGGGCGAAGCCACUAUCGACAAGCCAGGCGCAGAGAGAUCAGACACAAAACCGAGACUGCGAGGACGUCUCCUCGUCGUCAUUGGCACCUAUUCGAUUGGCAAGGAGCGGAUCUGCUUAGGAAUCGCCAAAGCCCUGAACUCCAAGAUCUAUGCUCCUCCUUCGAAGAUGCGCAUCUGUUUAUGUCUCGAAGAUCCCGAACUCGAUGCCAGACUAACGAGCAACCCGCUCGAAGCACAGGUUCACAUGCAAACAUUAAUGGAGAUCCGAGCCGAGACACUUCACGACUAUCUGAUGACCUACAACGGCCAUUUCGCUCGCGUGGUCGGUUUUCGACCGACAGGCUGGUCCUACCGCCCUCCAACAUCACGCUUCACUGAGAACCCGGCCGUCAGUACCGUUCUGCAUUCCGACGGCUGGAAGACACGCUACACCAUGCAUGACCUAGUUCCUCAGCGCGGAAGCACACGUGAGUCGAACUGUUUUGGAGUACCCUACUCAGAACACAGUUCUUUUCGGGAGCUGACCAUGUUUUGCUGCGCGCUGAGGAUCAAUCGGAUCGUACCAACGGUUAAUGUGGGAAGUGCAAGGACUAGAGAGAAAAUGAAGGCGUGGAUUGACAAGUGGGAGGCUGAAAAGAGAAAAAAUGGGUUGUUUGCAGUCCAGGCGGGGGCUGAGGGUUGGGGGAGCGGGGAUGGGAAGUUGAGCUACGGAGUGUAA